GUCAGUUCACUGAUACUUAUGUUACUCUUUGGUUCACUGUAUGAUUUUGACAUUUCAUGUCGUGUUAUUGUGAGUGUUGUAUCAGCGUUGUUAUUGUUUUUAAGAUAGAAAUCUAGUAGUGACCCUAAAGUGAUCUUAUCCAAAUAAAAAAUGUUUAUUACUUCUUCGCUCGUACUUCCAAGAUCGAGGGCGAACGCUGACAGUGAUCGUCUUGCGAAGCCCUACUGCCACUGUUGGAACCAACGAGCUCCGAUGUCGUGGAAACAGCUGAACUCGUGUUCCUGUGGAGAGGAUAAAGACUGUAAUGAAUGGAACUGGGAACAACCGCAAACGAGUGGAACAAGCUGGGUGGUAAUCAGUGAAGAUCAAAAACAAGUGACAUUCCACCCAUUCUACAGCUCAGGCACUGCGGCAGUACGAGGAAACAUGCCAUUACAACAUAAUUAUCAUUAUUACUGGGAGGUGAAGAUGCUCACAGAAACAUAUGGAACAGAUAUUAUGGUGGGUAUAGGCACGGACAAAGUGAAUAUAGCAGAUUCCCAGUUCAAGUUCACAUCGCUGCUGGGGCAGGACGAGGAGUCAUACGGGCUGUCGUACACGGGCGCGGUGCACCACGGGGCCACGGUGACCCGCGACUCGGCGGGAUUCUGUCGCGGCACUAUCGUAGGAGUGCGGCUGGAUAUGUGGCGAGGGACGCUGGAGUUCUACCUAAACAGAAAGCCGCAAGGUAUAGCGUUUUACAACCUGCGUCGCCACCAAGCCCUGUACCCGAUGGUUUGCUCGACCGCGGCGCAGUCGUCCAUGCGGCUCACAUACGCGGCGUCGUGGCGCGCCUCGCUUCUGGUAGACGCGGCUAAAACGCUCGCCGCCGCGUCUCGAACGCGCACCCGUCUACCACCCGGCCUGUGGUACAAACUACGCUCACAGUUCUGGCUCACGCUGCCUAAUGAGGGUUGUUUGCUCGACGACGAGGACGAGGAAAGUAUGCAAGUGUCAGAGUCCCUUCAACUGGCGCCCAACGUGAGUCGCGCGGGCAUGAAGCGUCGCUACUGGCAGACGUCGCCGCUGCCCCCCGCGUCGCCAGAACGCGCCACUUGCCAAACAUUACCCUAACCUAAUCUACUCCAUUCGGAGUCACGGCCAGUUUCAAUAAACAAAUUCCAGUACCAGCGACAACGGUUGACUAGAGCCGAGGUCCGAGUCUCAGAGAUACCCUUAGUUGAACCGACCCCCUCAAGUUUGAGUGGUCUCCAGACGGAGAGGAGAAUCCCCCCGUGGGGAGAUACCAUCCGCCUGGAAUACCUCUAGAGGCACUCGUCAAUUCUCGGCUUAGGAUCCCCUUAGGAUCUCGCCGUCUCCAAACCCGGUGACGCUGCAAAGGUCAUCUGCAUAAACGCUCAAAAAAAAGACUCCAAUAAUGCCGCAAUAGGGGUGAUGACGGGGAACAGUAAACGAAAUUCUAUAUAUUCCGUCAGUUAGAUGAUCAAAAAAUAAUGGACACGUAUUUUUUCUUUGGGCAAUCAACCAAAAAAUGACAAAGUUAUAGCGCGUCAAAGUUUGGGAGUAGGGGCUCGUGACGUCACUUUUUAGUGAAUUUUCACUUAAAAGUGUACUCAAAUGUCCGUCAUGCGACUUUUCAAAUCAAUAUAUUUCUGCAAUGUUUAUAUUAUGUGAAAAAAGAAAAAAUACGUGUCCAAUACUUUUUGAUAAUCUACCUGAUAAACGAAGAAAAAAAAAUAGUCAUCAUCCCUAUUACAUUAGGUCGUCAACCCGAAAGGCAUUACUCGAAUUCGGGCACCCGAAGCAAUAUUUACACUGGAAUACGGGCUGAAAGACGGUGUCGGUUAAAAAAAUGGAAAUCUACCCGAAUACUACUCGACUCCUUUCAUUUACACUUAGGCCCGUAUUAUAGAAAGAUUCUCAGUGAUUGAUCUAAUCUUGAGCAUAGUUAGAAAGGGAUGUCGCUAUAUAUAGCACAUAGCGAUAUCCUUUUCUAACUUUACUCAAGUCAAGAUCUACACUUAGUUGUCAUUCUAUAAUACGGGCCUUAGUCGUUUAGCAGAAUUCCAUUGGCACUCGUAUUCGGGGUAGCGACCAAGUGUAAUCGCGUCAUAAGAGAUAGGCGGUUUUGUUGCAAAGAUGUUUUUAUUGUUAUCACUAUAGUAACAACUGUUUCUAAGAAACGAAACCAGAUUAUCCUGGUUUAUACGUGAGGUUGAAUAUUUAAACUGGCCGUUACUCAUUAUGCCGUGUCUUCACAUUGACACCCUUUGUACCUUUAGUGCGAUUUAAACUGCUGUGAAGUUAGCAACAAUGCGCAGGAUUCAUUUCAGUGAUUACCCACGCACAUCUUCGUCAUCCUUAAUUUCGUUUACUGCGCCACGACUUACGCUAACUUCACAUUCACGAUUACGUGCGAAUCGCACUAGAUACCAAUAUAAUGAUCAUAAAAUUAUUAUUAACACUAUCGAUCAAUUUGGAAAUAAACGCGAGAGUCUAGUAGCUAACGCUUAGACGUUUUCUACAAGAUCGAUAUAUAGAUAGAUAGAUAUCAAACGCUAAUCCAGCUUGUAAAUUUUUAUGGUAUGAUUUAGUAUACAAUACGAUAAGUUUGAUAAAAAAUAUUGGACCCAAUGUGUAGUUAAAACUUGUAUUUUAAAAGUGAAUUAAACUUGAACUAGAUACAGCAAUGUGAGGUCGCGGCAUUUUACAUGCUCUUUAACUAGACAUGAUAUUAAGUCCUUUUAUGUGAUUUUCCUAUGACAAUACUACAAUAUUUAAUUAUUUAUACUUCAGUUUAUUAACCGCCAAAUUCAUUUUUAUAUAAGUGUUAAUACUUAUAUAAAGUUGAAUUUGGUGGUCCUAUCAUAACUAAGAUCAUAUUGCUGACUCAAAAGUCUGUCUUGAGUUAUGAUGGCCUGUUUAGACCUACCGAUUUUACUUAGCGGACAAAAAAGGUACAGUUUAUAAGUAUACCUGUAGAUUUAAGUUGACUUUUCAUAUUAUGUAGAGUCUGUGCGGAAAGAGAAUGGGAUUUAGAUAGGUGGGCGAUGUAGUGCUUUUCUACCGUAUUUGUAAGGUUUUAUUCCUUUUAGACAUGAUUAAAUACAAAAAACCGCAAGAAAUCACAACAACAAACAAAUCCGUAUCAAUACAAAACUUUGACGUUUUACAGAUUGCUGGGUUUGAUUGUCAAAUAAAAAUCUUAAUGUUAGUUCCGUUUUUCGUCACGCCCAUUCUCAUUCCGCACAGAUUCUAAUGACUUAUACUUUUAUUUGAAAUGCAUGAAUGUGACAAUGUAAGUUUUUACUAAGUUAAAAAUAAUGCUUAGUUUUUCAAAAUUUAAAUUCGGAUUGAAUCGGAAGGUCUCGGACUUGGGCCAUUUAUUUGUGGCGUAUCAACUGACACAUCAUCUAGUGUCAAUAAAUCAUCUAGGAUAGCUGACACUUCGUGAUACAUAUUUAAUAUCGUAGCGUCACACAUGCUAAUUGUAACUCAAUUGUUAGCUAUAUGUAACUGCAGGCCUAUUAUCUAAGUUACAACUUCAACUAAUUUGCCGACCGGUUGCUAAACAUCUCGGCAAACUUCUGAGCUUCGACUCUAUAGUUGACAAGGAAGCCUGCGCAGAAGUAAUUUUACAUACAAAAAACGUCUACUGCGCAUGUUCAUUUGUCUCUGCUUUGGCUCAUGUAGUUAACCGCUACCUACAGCUAAACUGAAUCGCUUAAUUAGAAUAGACGCUCCAAAUUCUGCUUAAAUUAUUUAAAAAAUAAUUUUGACGCUGCCUUGCAGCUUAAGGCUAGGAAAAUUUCGACGCGGCUAAUAGGGCCGUGGUAGCAUAAUGGUGAAAGGCAAAUGCACUGCAUUCGUCCGGAUAGCGAAGGAUGCGGGUUCGAGUCCCGUCCGCUGCCUGGUCCGCGUGGAUUUUUUUUCUAGUAAACUUUUCUUUAAAUAAUUUUGAGUUUUUUUUUUAAUUAUGCGGGAUUUUUUGAAGUACCAUAAAUGAUGAUGAGUUGAUAGCACUUUUAUAUUCAUAAAAUCAAUCAGAAAUUUAAGUCGGAUUGCAGUCGUAAGUAGCUUUUGUUUAGGAAAUAGGCCUGCGGUUGCUGGUUGUCGUUUCCAACGCUACUGAUGAAAAUCAACUUUAACCGCCUAAUUAUUUGUAAUUGGCUGACGCCCCCGUGGCUGAGUGGUUUGUACGCCGGGUUUCAAAGUGUCGCCUACUAAAGAGGUCCGAAUCCCGGUGGGAGGCAGAUGUUUGUGUGAUGAAUACGAGCAUUUGUACUCCA